UAGGCCCAGAGCAUCUUGUAAGCCAGAAAAUAAGGAAGUGUUCCAAAAAUGAUAGGGCUUGUCGAAAGAACACAGGAGCCAACCUGAAUGGACAAAGCUGGAACAAUUUUAGCAACAAAAUAAAUAAUGAUAGCACUGGAUUUUAACCUAUAGAAUAAAUAUUUAUGAGUCCACGAUGAUGUAAAUAAGUUAGUUAAACAAAUGGGGGAAAAGAGACAGCACUUUCUUACAGAAGAAUUACAGUUAAUGAACAUAGAAGGAAAAAGGGAAAAUUAAAAAUCUCCAUUAAGCAAACACCAGAGUAAUUAUUAUGAAAAACGAGAUCCACUGAUAGAUGCGAACGUUUAUGGGCAAAAUCUGAGGAUAAACAGGGUAUUUCCAUAGUUUUGAUGUAUUUCCCCCAACAUAAUUAUUAAUUAUAAAGGGAAAGAUAAUUUCAUUGUGCGGACACCACUUCACCCAAGCGACCAAGAUAAACAUCACCAGUGAUAAGACAUUAACACCAUGAGCUUCUUGAUAUUAUGCACUCAGAAGGACACAGUAGCAUUUUUCUGUCCUGCAGGACAAGGAAAGACUGAGGAACAUCAGACUGGAGGAGAUUAAAAAGAAGUAACAACUGAUGGCAAUGUGGGAAACUGGAUAGGGUUUUUGAAGAGGAGGACAGUGGAAAAACUGGUGAAAUUAGAAUAAGGUCUGCAGUUUAGUCAUCACUGGGCCUACUAAUUGGACUCUGGUUAUAUACAGUGUUCACAUUAGGGGAAGCUGGGUGUGGAACUAAAGUUAGUUCAAAAUAAAAAACUGUAAGCAAAAUGAAAUAAAGCAUGUUAGGCACACCCAAACAAGUAUUCCGAUAAAAUGAACUAUUCUUUGGUUCUUCCUAUUGCAAUUUCCACAGCGGAGCGACUUUCAAGCAGCUGGCUGGAUGUUCGUCACAUUGAAAAAUAUGUCGACCAAGGUAAAAGUGGAACAAGAGAAUUACUUUGGUCCUGGGCACAGAAAAACAAGACCAUUGGUGACCUUUUACAGAUUCUCCAGGAGAUGGGACAUCAUCGAGCUAUCCAUUUAAUUGCAAACCAUGGAGCAGUCUUGAGUCCUCCACAGCAGAGUCAUCAGGGAGAUGGAUUUCCAAAUGUGUUCGCCAAGGAAACAGCCAAUGUCACAGUAGAUAAUAUUCUUAUUCCUGAGCAUAAUAAAAAAGGAAUAUUGUUUAAAUCCUCUAUCAGCUUUCAAAACAUCAUAGAAGGCACCAACAACUUCCACAAAGCCUUCCUAAUCGGAGAAGGGGAGAUUUUCGAGGUAUACAGAGCGGAGAUCCAAAACGAAACCUAUGCCGUUAAGUUAUUUAAGCAGGAGAAAAAAAUGCAGUGUAAGAAACAAUGGAAGAGGUUUUUAUCUGAGCUUGAAGUUUUACUACUAUUUCGUCAUCCAAACAUCCUGGAGUUGUCUGUGUAUUUUACAGAGGGUGAGAAGUUCUGCCUGGUUUAUCCAUACAUGAGAAACGGAUCACUUUUUGACAGAUUACAAUGUGUAGGUAACACAGCCCCACUCUCUUGGCACACUCGAAUCAGCGUAUUAAUAGGAACAGCCAAAGCCGUUCAGUACCUGCACACCAUGGUCCCCUGCUCGGUCAUCUGUGGCAGUAUAUCAAGUGCCAACAUACUUUUGGAUGAUCAGUUUCAACCCAAACUCACUGAUUUUGCCAUGGCCCACUUCCGACCCCACCUAGAGCCUCAGAGCUCCACCAUAAGCGUGAGCAGCGGCGGCAGCAGGCAUCUGUGGUACAUGCCGGAAGAGUAUAUCAGACAGGGCAAGCUGUCCACUAAGACAGACGUCUACAGCUUUGGCAUCGUGAUAAUGGAAGUUCUGACAGGUUCUAACGUGGUGUUAGAUGACCCGAAGCAUAUUCAGCUGAGGGAUCUCCUUAUGGAACUGAUGGAGAAGAGAGGCCUCAAUUCGUGUCUCUCAUAUCUGGAUAAGAAAGUGUUUCCCUGUCCUCGGAAUUUUUCCGCCAAGCUCUUCUCUUUGGCAGGCCAGUGUGCUGCAACGCGGGCAAAAUUAAGACCAUCAAUGGAUGAAGUCCUAGCUACUCUUGAAAGUACUCAGGCCAGCUUAUAUUUUGCUGAAGAUCCUCCCACCUCACUCAAGUCCUUCAGGUGCCCUUCUCCUCAAUUGUUGGAUAACGUGCCCAGUAUUCCAGUGGAAGAUGAUGAAAGACAGAAUAAUCACUCACUGAUUCCUGAUCAACCUUUGCGGAAAGAGAGACUGGCUCAGAAAAUUCCCUUUGAGUGCAGCCAGUCUGAGGUUACGUUUCUGGGCCUUGACGGAAAGCUGGGGAGCAAGAGAAACGAGGACACUCGUGGUAGGCCCAGCUCUUCUCGGGAAGACUGUGGGUGUCCCCAGCAUGCAGCUCCACCCCAGGACGCGGGCGCCUCCGGUGUGAAUGCGGACCCUUCUGCAGAAGCCCCAGGCCAUUCUCACAGGAGCAGGCCAGUGGAGAGUAGCUGUUCCAAUGAAUUCAUCUGGAAUGAAUGCGAACAGCACGGGAAGGAAUCCAUUGUACCAGAAGAUAAAGAAGAUGGCAAGAAUUACUGAGGCACCUGAGGACAGGUACCAUCUUGGGAAGACAUUGUCUUGGUAAGUAGUGCCAAGAGGAUGCUCCAUGGUGACUUUGGUAAUGCAGAUCAACAAUCUGGACAAUCCCACUCUUUACUCUCCAACUCGCAAAACAGGGGCCCUUAAAAGUGUGUUUUAUUUGGUAAUUGCCAUAUGAUGAAACCUAGGCUAAAUCAGAGCUAUUCACAGUUACUUAAAAUCAUGGGCUCUGACUUCAGACAAACAAAACAACCAAAACCUGCCAAAAAGAGACUGGGUUCCAAUUUCUUCAUCAGCAUCAGUAUGAGUCCUCAGAGCCUUCCGUCUGCAAAGUGCAUUCAGCUGGAUUCUGUUGUUUGGUUUAGCUGGCUUGCAAAGGUUGUAGGAAAUGCCUAAUUUGUAAAUAUUAAUAGAUGCCCUUUAAAGAAUUGCCUUUCCAUUUACUUUAAUCGACCCAUAGUAUUUUUCUCUUUGUCCCUGUCAAACCUGCCUGUCUGAAAACGAGCCGGGGUCACCCUCGGCUGUGACGUGUUCUCUGUAGAGAGGGGAUUCUUACCCAAGAUCUGUAUUCUGUAUUUAAACUCUCAGGAUAGUUUGUCACAUAUAAUAUAGUUGUUGACUGUUAUUACAAGUUCUUUUUUACAAACUUAGAGGCCUAGUAUAUUCUGAGUGGUAUGUAUAAAUUUUAAUCAAGUAAUUUUUGUUUCUGAGAAAAUGGCCAAUCACAAGA